AUGGCCUUUUCUAUGAGAACCUCCCGCCAUGCCACCAAGCUGGCCACUGGCCCCCGCCAAUUCCUCCGCCGCUAUGCCACCGCCGAACCAGACCUCAAAUCCGCCCUGAAAGAUGUCAUUCCCGCCAAACGCGAACUCUUCAAACAAGUCAAAGACCAAAGCGAAGAAGUCAUCGGCGAGGUCAAGAUUGGAAAUGUGAUCGGUGGCAUGCGUGGCCUCAAGGGCAUGCUCUGGGAAGGUUCCGUGCUAGACCCUGAUGAGGGAAUCCGGUUCCACGGCCGGACGAUCAAGGAUUGCCAGAAGGAGCUGCCCAAGGGUACUUCUGGCACUGAGAUGCUUCCCGAGGCUAUGUUCUGGCUGCUGUUGACUGGGCAGGUCCCAUCGACGGGCCAGGUGCGCGCUUUUUCACGUGAAUUGGCCGACAAGUCGCAUCUUCCCGAACACAUUCUGGACUUGAUUCGGUCGUUCCCCCGGGAGAUGCACCCGAUGACCCAGUUGUCGAUUGCUGUGGCUGCGCUGAACACGGAAUCCAAGUUCGCCAAGGCAUAUGAGCAGGGUCUCAACAAGGCUGAAUACUGGGAACCGACCUUUGACGACAGCAUCUCGCUGCUGGCCAAGAUUCCUCGUGUUGCAGCACUCGUCUUCCGUCCCAACGAGGUCGACACCGUGGGCAGACAGGCCCUGGACGGCACUCAGGACUGGUCGCACAACUUUGCUGAACUCCUGGGCAAGGGCGGCAAGGAAAACUCCGACUUCCAUGACCUGCUCCGUCUGUACCUGGCCCUGCACGGUGACCACGAGGGUGGUAACGUGUCCGCGCACGCAACACACUUGGUUGGCAGCGCCCUGAGCGACCCAUACCUCAGCUACAGCGCCGGUCUUCUGGGUCUGGCCGGACCACUACACGGACUCGCAGCCCAGGAAGUGCUGCGCUGGAUCCUGGCAAUGCAGGAGAAGAUCGGCACCAAAUUCUCCGACGAGGACGUGAGCAACUAUCUCUGGUCGACGCUCAAGUCCGGCCGUGUAGUCCCUGGCUACGGCCACGGCGUCCUCCGCAAGCCCGACCCGCGCUUCCAAGCCCUGAUGGACUUUGCCGACACUCGUCCAGACGUGCUAGCCAACCCCGUCUUCCAGCUCGUCAAGAAGAACUCCGAGAUCGCACCUCAGGUCCUCACAGAGCACGGCAAGACCAAAAACCCUCACCCGAACGUUGACGCUGCAUCUGGCGUGCUCUUCCACCACUACGGCUUCCAGCAGCCGCUGUACUACACUGUCACCUUUGGUGUGAGUCGCGCCUUGGGACCAUUGGUGCAGCUCAUCUGGGACCGGGCAUUGGGUCUGCCCAUCGAGCGGCCAAAGAGCAUCAACCUGUUGGGUCUGAAGAAGUAA